AUGAGCGAUGCAAAGGCCGCGAAAGCUGCUGCGAAGGUACUUCGACAGUCGAACAAUGAAUGGAGUAACAAAUACUUUGCCAUUGCUAUGGGCUCUAUCAUGGUCCUUUUCGCCAUACAUCACUGGCUUGAAGUGAUGGAAAUUCGGGGUUUUCCACGUCAGAAAAGCUUUUUGGCCCGCAAAACCCGAUUUAUUCGGGGACUUUUCUCUAGCUCAUAUAAGGGGCUUCACAUCGGCCGAUCUGCCCUGUACACCAUCUACUGGGCUGUCAAUCUGAUUCUAGCGGUGACUAAUGUCGACCUUACGAAUAUGAAUUAUGUUGCCAAGCGAUUCGGUUGGAUUGCGGUAGCCAAUUUGGUACUCCUAGUCUUCUUGGCUCUGAAGAACACGCCUCUCGCUCCCUUGACAGCCAAGUCAUAUGAGAAACUACGCCCUCUUCACAAGGUCGCCGGCUACACCUGUAUAUUCACCAGCUGUUUACAUGGCAUUGUGUAUUUGGCUGCAUGGGCAGACUCCGGAGAGCUUGAUUCUAUGCAAGAGGUCAAGAAUUUUGCGGGAGCCAUUGCAGGCCUGGCUAUGGUUCUUAUUGGUCUCUCAACUAUCACUUACCUCAUGCGAGGAUACUACGAGCUUUUCUAUAUGUUUCAUAUCAUCCUUUUUAUAUUGAUCAUGAUUACGGUCGGGAUGCACCGUCCGAAAUUCUCGAGUUCCACGGUGAUAAUCGUUAUAUUCACGGCUUGUCUUUGGGUCAGCGAUCGGUUGAUCCGUACGGCUAAGAUCUGCUGGAACUUCUUUGGUAACUCUGCAUCCAUCACAGCGUUACCUGACAAUGCCAUUCGGGUGCGACUGAAUCGUCGUAUCAAUUCUACACCGGGUUCCCAUGCAUUUUUGUGGGUCCCCGCUAUCCGCUGGUUUGAAAGUCAUCCGUUCACUCUUCUUUCAUCCAACCCGUCCGAAUUCGUGAUUCGUGUUUAUGAUGGGUUUACCCGAGACCUGUAUAAUGCCGCCCAGACCUCACCGGGUAGAGUCUUCCGGUGCUCAGUGGAUGGCCCUUAUGGUCAGGUCCCUAAUUUUCAACGAUUUGACAAAGUCAUUUUGGUUGGAGGUGGCAGUGGCGCAAGUUUUACCUUUGCGAUCGCUCUGGACUUGAUUGAGAAACCAGACACGACUGUCAAGACUAUUGAUUUUAUCUGGGCUGUGAGACAACAGGAGAACCUGUCCUGGUAUUCACAAGAACUCAAGCGGCUCCAGAACCACCCUAGUGUGAACUUGUUCAUUUAUGUCACUCGUCAAGCUACGAUUGACAGUUCCGGGACUUCUUUUCUCAACAUUCAAGAUUUAUCAGAGAAGUCCCCAGUAGAGACGACAGGUGCUCCCAUGGAAUCUUCCACAUCAGACUCCGAAGUCAGGGACAUUGAGAAGGGUGGUCCCCAAUACAUGAACUCCAAUGAUGAGUUCUCUCCGGAUAAAAUUUGCUCGGGACGUCCUGAUCUCAAUAGCCUUAUAGCUGGCUCCGUCGCGACAGUUUCCAAGAAGAGUUCAGAUGAUCGUAUAAUCGUUGGGGUUUGCGGUCCCAUUGCAAUGACGAAUGCUACUCGUCAGGCCGUUUCAAGUAUUGCGCGCCAAGACGGACCAUCUAUCACCCAAUAUACUGAGGUAAGCAUCCACAAAAUUCUAUUCAUAAAGCAAGGGAGCAUCUAA